ACAAAGCACUUGUUCAGAAGCUGUGAAGGAAACCGUUGUCUCUCCGUCCGCCCGGGACAGCAGCCUAAAGUCGCGGUUUUAAGGUUACACUAUAUAGGCUCACUUUAUUGUUAAUAUAUCACCUGAGUCACGUUAAUUUCCGGACGACAGUUUUAUUAUUUUCUCAACUGUUGAAAACUUUAUGAAGAAGGAGACCCUUGACCAAGAAACGCUCUGACUGCUAUUCCCCUUCAGUGAUUCUCAGUUUUGGGCAUCUUUGAGCAAUGUUUGACAAGCAGCACUACGAGAGUCCUCCUGUCUACAGUCCUCCCUUCAGUUCGCCAUCCAACAAUGGCUUUGGCCCUCCAGGCAGCUUCCAAGGCCCUCAGAGUGAUUACAACGCAUACCCUCCGCCACCAGGAUCGUACUACAUUGAGGACAGACCGCAGCACUUCUACAAAUGGCUUUCACCUCCGGGGAUCAUCAAAGCCAUGCUGGCUACGGUGAUCGUGCUCUGUGUGGCGAUAUUUGCCUGCGUGGCCUCCACGCUCAUGUGGGACAUGCAAUAUGGAAUGGGAAUGGGAAUGGGAAUGGGAAUGGGUAUGGGGUACGGCAGUGGAUACAGCGGGGGCAGCUACGGCUCGGGAUACUCUGGUUAUGGAGGUGGCUAUGGAGGAGGCUACGGCAGUAGCUAUGGCUCCUACAUCCAACCUUACUCAGCCAAAACCGCCAUGAUUGCCAUGGCAGCCAUUAAUUUUAUAGGGGCACUGUCUUUCUUCAUCACCAGCUUCUCUAAAUCCAACACGGUCCGCACUAGGAAGUUCUUUCUGAUCCUCCUGAUAGCCAGCGUCAUCAUGGCUUUCCUGCAGGGCAUCAUAAGCAUUGUCUACAUCGUCGGGGUGAACCCUAUGGCCCAGGGCACCUCCAGCAUGAUGUACAAUCCCAUGCUGAUGAUGUGCCAGAACCUCUACCAGACCAGCUACUCACAGAUGGGAGGAGUGGGAGGCUUCCCCAUGUACAACCAGUAUCUCUACCAUUACUGCUUUGUGGACCCCCAGGAGGGAGUUGCCAUGGUGUGUGGAUUUCUGGUUGUCAUCGCCUUUGGUGUUGCAGCAUUUUUUGCACAUAAAACAAGAGGGAAGAUCUGGCGAUAUGGGAAACCAAACAUUUACUGGGAAGAGCCUCUCGUCGGCGGAAAAGCUUCAGAGGGCAGAGACGUAGAGGAAUGGGUGAACAAUGUGGAGGAAAGCCGCAGUGUUCAAGACGCCCCAACGCUGCUAGUGUCAGAGAAGGGGGCCGGGCUGCUCAACGCCUCAGCAAACAGUGUCAUCUCCUACACCCCCGCCAAAGUGGACAGCAGCUCCUAUAAUGAGGACACCCUCGACAACAACGUGUACUCAGAGAGGACCAUCAGCAGACCAUCAGAAGCGUACUCCCACGGUGGAAGAGUCAGCUCCAGCCCCUCAGAGGAGACCAGCGGGGGCCGCAAACCCUCUGCCAACCGGGGCAAGAGACACAGGCGUAACCCCGAAGUGGAUGAGUCCCAGUAUGAGACAGAGUACACCACAGGAGGAGAAACGGGCAAUGAACUGGACGAAGAGGAGUGGGAGAACGCGUACCCAGUGAUAACUUCUGAUGCUCAGCGUCAUGAGUAUAAGAGAGAGUUUGACGCCGACCUCAGGGAAUACAAGCGCCUCUGUGCCGAGAUGGACGACAUCAACGAUCAGAUGAACAAAGUCAGCCGGCAGCUGGACACGCUGGAUGAGACCUCUGCCAAAUACCAGGUUGCAGCAGAGCAAUAUAAUCAGUUGAAGGAUCUGAAGCAGACUACAGAUUACCAGACUAAGAAGAAAGCGUGUCGCAGCCUGAGACACAAGCUGUUCCACAUCAAAGGCAUGGUGAAGGACUACGACAAGAACCACUGAUGAAGCCCCUGAGUCCUGACACUCAGCUCUGACAGCCACAGACACACGGGCCAACAUACACUCCAAAAGAAAGACUCCUGAGACAUGCCGAGACCAAAGUUACCUGUACAGAACCGACAUAUACACAUAGGGAACAUACUGUGUGUAAAUAGUGAUGAUCAUGAUCAGUUAUGUAUUAAAAAAAUGAAGAAAUGGAAGCAGGGUGCUUAACUGUUGCCACUUCCAAAGCAAACACUGCCUUUUCCAAAGAUACAGCUCAAUGCUUUCAGUGUUCAGGAUCAGAGGGUGUGGUCAUAUGAAAGUCAGCUGACCUUCAGACACCUGCGAUAACACUUUGCUCAGGCUAUGUUUGCUCUCCAACUUGUGGAAAAGUAUUCUAGAGAACGUAAUGAAGGCUGAGACGGGCAGCUUGGUUGUUUUGCGAAAAGUGUCUUUCACCCUUGGCAUGGCGUUAUCUUCGUCAAAAAUGAACUAAAAUCGUGCUUUUUUCUCAUCUUCUUUGUCAGUGUAACUAAUUUUAACGUCAGUGAAGUUACUUGCUAUCUGCCGGGACCUUGUGUUUUCACUGUAUUUUCUAAAACUACGAUUUUUAUACUGAUUAUCAUAGAUGCACUGAGACCAAAAAGGGCACCAACUGGCCAGUGAGACUUGUUGUAUUGUAUAUACUUAAAAUUAAUCAUGUUUAUACCACAUAUCAAGAACAAAUUUACAGAUAUUAGAUCUAGGAGAUAUUCUAGCAUUUGUGAUGAGGUUAUGUGUAAUUUGUAAAUACUGAAGACCCAUAGUGGCUUUUUUUUUGUUGAAUCAAACAAAUUGUGCUUAAGCUAUGCAAAAGAGUUAAAAAAUCCAGACUGUUUUUAUUACAUUCCUUAUCAUGUUCCUCAACAAACUAGAAAAACACUGUUUCUGUUUAUAAGCUACACUUACCAAAAUGAAAAAUGUUCAUCUGCUGAUUCCAUUUGUUGGUCAUUUUUGUAUUAAUCCACUUCAUGUGCAAAGUGUUUGGAUCUUGUGUGCGUUAUAAAAUUGUUCAGACACACUUUUGAUUUGUCAUGCAUGUGUAUUUUUACGAAGAACAUUGUUGUUAUUUUACAAACCAUUUGCAAACCAUUUAUUUUUGUAUGAAUUUGUUUUCUUUGAUGCUAUCAUAAGACCAAUUGUUGUAACUGUGUACUUCCAAAAGGUAUGAUGUCUUAAAACGAUUGCGCUCAAUAAUAAACAUUUCUAAUUCUCUGGAAAUUAAAUAAACUUGUCCCUUAUUUUUACAACAA